AUGGCGCCGCUCAUGUGCGUGGAGUGCGAGGACAUGGCCGCCGCCGUGCGGUGCGAGGACUGCGAGGACGUGUACUGCCCGCUGUGCUACGAGGCACAGCACCACGCGGGCUCGCGCCUGCGCCACACCAAGACGCAGCUGCCCCGUGUCAGCGCCAGCGCCAGCGGCGACGAAAGCUCGGCUCCUCCUCCGCCGCCGCCGUCGCCCGCCAAGUCGCAGCAACCGGCAGCGCCGACUGAAGAGCAGACAGCUGAAGUGCCCCCGCCACCCACGGAGGCGCCGCCGUCGCCCGGGAAGCCCGCGCAGACGCUGGACGCGCCCGUCACGAGCGAAUCGGAAGAGGAGGAGGAAGACGAGGACGACGACGAGCUGAUGCGCGAGAUCGAGGAGGCGCCCUCGGCGCUGAUGAAGGACGCGGCGUUCAUCCCGCUGCGGCUGGACGAGGAGGAGCGCGCGUUGUUCAACCUGCUGGACGCCGCGCUCAACGUGAGCGAGUACACGGACAAGGUGGACGUGCUGUCCUACCGCUCGCCCGUCAAGCGCGUGAUCCACGAACUGAACGAGACGUUCGGCGUGCUGUCCGGCCUCAUGAUCGCCAACGACUUCCGCCAGGGCCGGCGCCUCGUGCAGGACAAGCAGUUCAAGGACAACGAGGACUUUUUCCGCCAGGUCUUCGAGAUCGGCCGCCGCUACAAGAUCAUGAACCCGGAGCGCAUGCGCAACAACUACGGCAAGAUGAUCUACCUGCUGCAGGACGCCAACCUGCGCGAGAUCAGGAACUACCUCGGCUUCUCGUGCGUGGCGCCCAUCAAGACGGUGGCGUCGCUGCUCAAGGAGCGCCACGCGCUGGACAUGCUGCGGGAUACGCGCUGCGAGGCCGCGACGUCCGUGGCUGCGAUGGAUCUGGCCGACCCGGAGGCGCUGCAGCGCUUCACGGCCAACAAGCAGCGGGCGAUCGAGGAGCUGGUGCGUGACUACAAGUCCGCGUCGCUGUCGGAGGAGGAGAUUCGGCUGUGCCUCGCCUCCAUCUCCGACAGCCAGAGCUAUCUGGCGUCCAACCGCUCGCCGAUCACGCGCAUGAUCGACUACCUAGAGAAAUACUUCACGCCGAAGAAGGCUGAGCCGGGCUUCAGUCUCGAGAUCCGCGCGGGCAAGAACGGCGCGCGACUGAGCCACAGCCACGCCAGCCAGUACGAGUACGUGCUGCAGUCGCUGCUGCUGUGGCGGAAUAUGACGACGGCGAUGCUGCGGCUCUGGUGGGUCGUGGAGGAGGACCUGCUGGGCGGCAGCAUGUACCGCCUGCGUGACACUGGCCAGGGCCUCAACCGCAUGCAGCACGCGCCCGAGACGUCGCACCUGGUGCACUCGAUCCUGCACAACACGCAGAAGCUGCGUCCGCGCUGGGUGGGCUCCUCGGUGGUGCACCUGGGCGACCACAACGUGCCCAACGCGCUCAUGUUCAUCGACAAGUACACGCAGAUCUCGCGCAUCCUGAGUCCCAUCGCGAACACGGUGCACGACAUCCCGGCGCUCGCGGCGCAGCCCAACACGCGCGCCUACAUCGAGGAGAGCUUCGGCGGCGCCGAGACGCUGCAGAAGCGCAUCCUGUGCGACUUCUUCAAGCACGGCUUCGACGGCAGCGGCGCCGACAACUUCUUCGACGCCGGCUCGUGCAUCGACGGCCGCCUCACGAGCGCCUGGAACUGGUGCAGUCGGAUAGAGAAGAAGUCCUUCUUCCACGUCUUCCUCAUGGCGGGCUUCGUCGGGUUUGACGGACACUUUGAGAAGUAGUGCAGGUCGCAGCUGGAAAUACAGACGCUUUCGCCAACUG